GCUGCUGCAGCGCGGAGCUUUCCCUGAGUUCUCACUUCGAAGGCUGUGCUCCGCUCACCAUCCAGAGCGGAGAUUCGGACCUUACACUAACUCCCGGAGAAAGACCAGCAAGUGCGCAGAGAGAAGACUGGCGGUGGAGCAUGCAUCUGGAGGGCAGAGACGGCAGGCGGGACCCUGGCACACCGGAGGUGGAGCUCCUGCAGACGUCCGUGCCCCCGGGACUCGCUGAACUUGCCACGGGCAAGCGCAGGCCUCCGCGGGGAGCCGGCGGGGCUGACCCCUCGCUCUCCUGCCCCAGCGGGGCCGCUGGGCAGAGCUCCCGGGCUCCCGCAGGCCAGGAGUUUGCUUCGUUCCUCGCACAGGGGAGGUCUCACUCUCCUUUGCCCCAGAUGUCCAGCUCCAGGUCUAAAGAUUCCUGCUUUACAGAAAACACUCCUUUGCUGAGGAAUUCCUUACAAGAGAAAGGGUCACGGUGCAUACCUGUUUACCAUCCAGAGUUCAUCACUGCCGAAGAGUCUUGGGAAGACGGCUCUGCUGAUUGGGAGCGAAGGUACCUGCUGAGCAGGGAGGUGUCUGGUCUGUCUGCCUCUGCCUCCUCCGAGAAGGGGGACAUUCUGGACAGCCCGCACGUCCGGCUCCGUCUUUCCAAGCUGAGGCGCUGUGUGCAGUGGCUGAAAGUCACGGGCCUGUUUGUCUUUGUGGUGCUGUGCUCUAUUUUGUUCAGCCUGUAUCCAGAUCAAGGAAAGCUCUGGCAGCUGUUGGCCUUGUCACCGCUGGAGAACUACUCCGUGAACCUCAGCAGCCACGGGGACUCCACGCUGCUGCAGGUGGACCUGGCCGGGGCCCUAGUGGCCGGCGGGCCCAGUCGUUCUGGGAGGGAAGAGCGCCUCCUGGUGGAGCUGACCCAGGCCGACACUUCCGGCUCCAGGUGGCGGCGGCCACAGCAGGUCACUCACAACUGGACGGUGUAUUUAAAUCCGAGGAGAAGCGAGCGCUCGGUGAUGAGCAGGACCUUUGAGGUACUGGGCAGAGAGACGGUGUCCAUCAGCAUCCGGGCCUCCCUCCAGCAGACCCAGGCUGUCCCUCUUUUGAUGGCUUAUCAGUACCUCCGUGCGAGUGUAGAAGCCCAAGUGACCAUCGCCACGGCCAUCCUCGCGGGCGUCUACGCGUUGAUCAUAUUCGAGAUCGUGCACAGAACGCUGGCGGCCAUGCUGGGUUCCCUGGCGGCGCUGGCAGCGCUGGCUGUGAUUGGCGACAGACCCAGCCUGACCCAUGUGGUGGAGUGGAUUGAUUUUGAGACGCUGGCCCUGCUGUUUGGCAUGGUAAUCACAGCCCUCCCCGUGGGACUGCGCUCCACGCCUGCGAUGAUCUUAGUAGCCAUAUUUUCAGAAACAGGAUUUUUCGAUUACUGUGCUGUAAAGGCAUACCGGCUCUCCCGGGGACGGGUGUGGGCCAUGAUCAUCAUGCUGUGUCUCAUUGCGGCCGUCCUCUCUGCCUUCUUGGACAACGUCACCACCAUGCUCCUCUUCACGCCUGUGACCAUAAGGUUAUGUGAGGUGCUCAACCUCGAUCCAAGACAAGUCCUGAUUGCAGAAGUGAUCUUCACAAACAUUGGAGGAGCUGCCACUGCCAUCGGGGACCCUCCAAAUGUCAUUAUUGUUUCCAACCAAGAGCUGAGGAAGAUGGGCCUGGACUUUGCCGGAUUCACUGCACACAUGUUCCUUGGGAUUUGCCUUGUUCUCUUGGUCUCCUUUCCACUCCUCAGACUGCUUUACUGGAACAGAAAGCUUUAUAACAAGGAGCCCAGUGAGAUUGUUGAACUGAAGCACGAGAUUCACGUCUGGCGCCUGACCGCUCAGCGCAUCAGCCCGGCCAGCCGCGAGGAGACUGCCGUGCGCCGCCUGCUGCUGGGGAAGGUGCUGGCCCUGGAGCACCUGCUCGCCCGGAGGCUGCACACCUUCCACAGACAGAUCUCACAGGAGGACAAAAAUUGGGAGACCAAUAUCCAGGAACUCCAGAAAAAGCAUAGGAUAUCCGACGGGAUCCUGCUCGCCAAAUGCCUGACCGUGUUGGGAUUUGUUAUCUUCAUGUUUUUCCUCAAUUCGUUUGUCCCUGGCAUUCAUCUUGAUCUUGGAUGGAUUGCUAUCCUGGGUGCCAUCUGGUUGCUAAUUUUAGCUGAUAUUCAUGAUUUUGAGAUAAUUCUACACAGAGUGGAAUGGGCAACGCUUCUAUUUUUUGCAGCGCUCUUUGUUCUGAUGGAGGCGUUGGCACAUCUCCACUUAAUAGAAUAUGUUGGAGAACAAACUGCUUUGCUAAUAAAGAUGGUCCCAGAGGAGCAGCGCCUCACGGCCGCCAUCGUCCUGGUGGUGUGGGUCUCAGCCCUGGCGUCGUCCCUGAUUGACAACAUCCCAUUCACCGCUACCAUGAUUCCCGUGCUCCUGAACCUGAGCCGCGACCCUGAGGUCGGCCUGCCCGCGCCGCCGCUCAUGUAUGCCCUGGCCUUCGGCGCCUGCCUGGGAGGUAACGGGACGCUGAUUGGCGCGUCGGCAAACGUGGUGUGUGCAGGAAUUGCAGAGCAGCAUGGAUAUGGGUUCUCCUUCAUGGAAUUUUUCAGGUUGGGCUUCCCAAUGAUGAUUGUGUCCUGCAUCGUUGGGAUGUGUUAUCUUCUUGUGGCUCAUGUGGUGGUGGGAUGGAAUUAAUAGACAUCCAUCUGUCACUCGAAAACUAAAGGAAACUUCAUCCAUCACAACCCAUCAGUCAUAAAACUACCCUGACACCACUGUUUGGAGAAGAAAAGGUGCUUACCCUGGAGAUGCUAUGGAGACACAGUGGAAUAAACCUUGACACUAACACUCAUUCCGGUGAAUGCUGGAACACCGUGGCCUCCUCUUUGUGUCCUUUCUCCCCAAGGACAAAAUGUAGAAAAUGUGAGAUAACUUACUCGAGAUUCUCCUCCAGAAAAAUACGUAUGUUUCAAAACCCUUCCUGCUAUACAUAGGAAAAGACACACAUGCACCCAAAAUUGCUUGUGCUGUUUAAUUGUCAAUUCUCUUGAGGCUAAACACAGUUUGUUUUUUCUUGUAAUCACUUUUCAUGUUAAAAUAACCAGCACUCAAAUUGUAUGCUCUCUGAAUAUAGACUUUCUGGGAAAAGGUUUACUGCUUAUAAGGAAACAUUUUAUAUAUUAAACUGUUCCUUGAUAAAA